AUGCUCGAUGACCCGCCACCGAUAGAUUUCGGCUCGGCCAUAACCACGGAAGAACUUAACCGGGAGUUAGCCGAAACCCAACAGACGGCGGACCUCCUCACCCGGCGAAUAAGUACACUUCAACCGGACGAAGAAGUCACCCGGAGGAUUAUCACGGAACAACGUGAUAUCGUCCAGGGACAUGCGGACAAAAUGCGGCGGAAGAUUGAGGCUCGGAGCCACAAGGAGGCCCAGCCUCAGCCUGCCGCACCGGAACAGGUCGACUUGCCCGGACCAUCUCGACCAACCCAACCAGAACAAGCUAGGCUAAGUUCCCCGGAGAGAAAUCCAGGCUCUCCAGGAGGAAUUAGCCGUGAACGAAGGCUAUGCCCGGGACUUGCAGGGUCAACUAGCCAACCCUUUAGACCUGACCCCGGCCCAAAGAGGCUGCGGGAGAAGAUUCACGAACAGUAUAAGGCAGCACUCAGGGACAUCGGGUACCUGAAGUCUGACUUGGAAGUAGCGAUGGCUCAGAAGAGGCACGAGGAAGAGAGCCGCAAUACGGUUCCACCUCAAGCCUCGGCUAACCAGCCGAGCCAAGCCUCGGCUAACCAGCCGAGCCAAGCCUCGGCUAACCAGCCGAGCCAAGCCUCGGCUAACCAGCCGAGCCAAGCCCCGGCUAAUCAGCCGACCGAACCCUUCAUCAAGUUGCCGACCCAACCUCCGGAAAACCCGUCGACCCAGCCGAUAGCGACCCAACAGGUUGCACCGACUGAACGAGAAUCACCUCGGUCGAGGGUUCGAAGGAUGGAAGCCAUAGCAGACUUGGGAGUCCUUCCACCCGGCACUCAACCCUACAUCGUUGAGGCAAUGACCCGGGCGAACAACAUCCUGACUGAGAUGCGGACUCGCCGAGGCUUUUGUGACCGGCACAGCGAAGAAUUUUUUCGGCUGGACGGUGACAUCACGGUGGAAAGUUACACCAGGUCCGUCCGGAUAUUCCUACACCCAGACGCCCCGAAGGAUCAGCUAAGCACGGCACAACUUCAGUCGUCCGUGAUUUGGUUGUCAACCUUCAUUCGGGACUACGAAGAAGAACGGCAGAGGAAGGAGCAGCGGGAAGCAGAACGCGCCCCUAAGGCUCAGCAGCCCCGGAUUAGGCAGAUCGAACCCCCAAUGCAGGGUACAUCUGCCCCAUUAACCCGGAUUCCAACCCUUAAGCCACCGGCCACAGCCUCCCCAACGAUGGCAGACUGGCCGCUAAUGAUACCCGGAAUGGAGGACACCAUCCGACGGGCACUUCAAAGGGCCGAGGAUGCCAGCCAUGAGAUGCAUGAACUUUUGCACUCUAUAAAUGCGUGGGAUCCUCGAGCCGCAAGACUUGACGUCGAUGUCAAUACCUUGGACGAGGCCCGGAGAACCAUCGCGAAGCUCUUCAGCCCGACCACCAUCAGAACCCCAGAGACGGAGGAUGCCUUGACACAGGCUCUUCAGGACAUCAAACGGGUCACCGAAGAACACUACCGGAAUAAAAGGCGUCGAGCUGCGGAACGAACCGCCCAACAGGCUGCGACGUCCGCAGCCCCGGCUAAAACGUCGGAGCCUACCGGACCCGUCACCCAACCCGAUGAACCCAUGGACGUCCCACCCCUGGAGGGUGAAGAAGAGAACCUCGAGCCUUCGACCAUCGAACGUGAGGCUUACGCACGGACACGGGACUUAACCCCGGAGAGACCGAGUACCAGCAAGACACUUCGGCCCACAACAUUGCCGAUACCCCCAAUAGGCGGUUCGGCCCGGCCAAAACGAACGGAACAGGUGUUAGUCAUUCGGCGACCAUCAACCCAGCCAGAUGACCCGGAGAGAACCCCGGAAGGAAGGGCUACUCACCAACCCGGAGGCCCUGACUCACCCAAGUUUACGCGGAAACCCAGAUCAAAGGACAAGGAAGAAGAGAGCGGCCCAAGAAGGCGCCUCUUCGGGACACCACCCCCACCUGUCCGGACCCUCGAGCAACUUCGAGAGUUCAUGAUGCAGGUCCCAGCACCACCACCCCCGGGAGAUGGCCACAAGGCGGUCCAUCAGCCCAGAAGGGUUAAACCAGAGCUGGAACCCACAGAACGGGAAGCCUUGGCCUACCAUAACUAA